AUGUCCACCGAACAACGUCAAGAGCCUGAAUUAACAGACGAACAGAUUCUGCAAUUUGAACAACGUAUUAAAGAUGAAGAAGCUCAACGGAUUCCGCUUGUAUGUCAAGCAGAGCCGCUCUCCCAUUUAGAGGAAGAAUACAAGGAUAACGAACCUUUUCUCCGAAAAGUCAAGAACCUGAACGGAGAUCACCAAAAGAUAAGAAAGUGUCGUGGCGAUGGCAACUGUUUCUUUCGAGCUUUUGCAUUUGCGUGGUUCGAAAGUGUGCUACAAAAGCGAUCCGAGUAUGUCACCAAUCUGGCCACACUCAAAUCGACCACCGAUCUAUUGGAAAUGGCAGGAUUUCAAAAACUGGCCUACGAGGACUUUUACGACGUGACUCUCGAACAGUUUCAGCAAUUACCACAGUGGCAAGGGGAUACGGAUCUUCUUCUUGCCAAUUUCCAGUCAGAAGAAAUCAGUAAUGCCAUUGUGAUGCACCUUCGGUUUGUUACCUCGGCUUAUCUGCGUAUGCAUGCAGACGAAUAUGAACCAUUUCUGGUCGUGGAAAUGAUCUCUAUUGAGGAAUUCUGCGCCAUGCACGUCGAAGCGUUUGGUCGAGAAUCCGAUCACUUGCAGAUCACCGCCUUGAGCAACGCUCUCAAUAUCCCAGUCCAGGUCAUUUAUCUUGAUGGAAGCAACGACGAUGUCGCCGCUGUUCAUGAAUUCUGGCCUAGCAACACAAAGACAGAAAAGGUGAACCCACUACGACUCAUUUAUAGACCAGGUCACUAUGAUAUUCUUUAUUAA